AGUCAGAGGAUCCCGUUCCACACGAUGACUCUAUCCCGCUCCUCCUGAUCCCGGGAUGUCCUUGCCGAGACCUCGCCGUCGGCCGCUAUGACUUCCACCUCCUCCUGGUUCUCCGGCAUCACUCGCGCCGUAUCCGGCAAUCCCACCUCCUCCUCAGCCAUGCCUCCCGCCGGUGGCGUCGCUUCUGCCCCCGCCUCCCCCCCCGACGCUCCCGCCGCCGUGGGCGGCAAGGGUGGCGUUGUUGCCUCUGUAGCCACCGCAGGCGCAGGCGCGCGCAAGAAGCAGCUCCAGGGCUCUCUGUUCAAGUAUGGGCCCAAGUCCGCUCAGGUUGCAUUCCGAACGGGUGAUUUUAACCAUCAGGUGAUAUUCAUUGGUGGUUUGACAGAUGGUCUCUUAGCAACUGACUACUUGGAACCACUGUCAGUUGCAUUGGAGGUUGAGAAAUGGUCACUUGUCCAACCAUUACUUUCUUCAUCCUAUAUUGGAUACGGAAUUUCCAGCUUGGAGCAAGACGCAUUGGAACUUGAUCAGCUCAUUAGCUACUUGAUAAAUAAAGAAAAUUCUGAAGGAGUAAUAUUGCUCGGUCACAGCACUGGUUGCCAGGAUAUCGUGCAUUACAUGCGGACAAACUUUGCAUGUUCAAAAGCUGUUUCCGGGGUAAUUUUGCAGGCCCCAGUAAGUGACAGGGAGUAUAGGGCAACUCUUCCAGAAACAGCAGAAAUGAUAGACCUGGCAGCGAAAAUGAUCAGUGAGGGCCGUGGAAUGGAUUUAAUGCCGAGAGAAGCAAAUUCAGAUGCUCCAAUUACUGCAUACAGGUUCCACUCCCUUUGCGCAUACAUGGGUGAUGAUGACAUGUUCAGUUCUGAUCUUAGCGAAGACCAGCUGAGGCAGAGACUUGGUCAUAUGUCAAUCACUCAGUGCCAGGUUAUUUUCUCAAUGGGGGAUGAGUAUGUCCCAGAAUAUGUCGAUAAGGAGGCACUCAUAGACAGACUAUGUUGGGCACUCGGAGGUGCAGAGAAAGUUCAAAUAGAAUGGGGAGACCAUGCCCUCUCCAACAGGGUGCAAGAGGCAGUUCGGGCCAUUUUAGAUUUUGUUAAGAGGGAGGGGCCCAAAGGAUGGGACGAUCCAUGGAGCUAGAAAUAGCAAGUCAUAUGCAACUAGUCGAUCUUUAUCCCGUAAAAUAUAUUUUUUGCAGUUUUUUCUGAUUUAUUCACAUGGUCCAGUGUUCUGUGUAUAAUAUUCUGAUUAAUUUAAUUUUAUCACCUCAA